GAGAAACAACGCAACACAGAUGGCGCCACUUAAAUGUCAAUAAUUUCUGGUAAUCUCAUAUUGUUUGCCUCUUGCAGCCAAUAAAAUUGGUCUCAAUAUUUUUCGAAUUUACAUCAUCGAGUAUCAACGUCUUUUAAUGUCUUUUUAAAUUCACAACAAUAUGGAGAUAUGGAUAAAAUGCUCACGAUGACAUAAAGUUUGGCGAAAGUCACGAGUGCUUCACCACCGCACAUUCACAACGAUCAUCUACUACGAAGCCAGUUGUCGUUAAUAUAAUAAAAUUAUUGUAAUCACUGGAUUCUCACCGACUCUGACGUAACUAAAAAUAAGUAUUGUGUAAAAAUGAAUAUUGUGUGUGUGAUUUGUAGCGAUUUAUUAGUACCAUCCGACGAUGUCUUCCAUACACCAUGUGGACAUAUUUUCCACUACGCGUGUUUGGUGCAGUGGCUCGAAAGAUCGAAAUCAUGUCCGCAGUGUCGGGACAAAACAACCGAGCACAAGAUACGCAGGAUAUAUUUCAAUUUUUCAAACAGUGACAGCAUUGUAGAAGAUGCUACAUCUCUGCAGGAGAAAAUUGAUAAUUUGACUUUUCAAGUGAAGGUGAGAGAUGAGAAUCUUAAAAAACUAACAAAAGCCAAUGAAAAGUUAGAGAAGCAGACAACUGGUUUGAGACAUGAAGUUCGAAAGGUUGAAAGUGAAAUGAGCAGCAAAAAUAAUGCGAUUCAUGCACUGAAAGAGCAGAUUAAGUUUUGCAAGCAGCAAUGUUCAGACAUUGAUAAUUACAAGAAAGAGAAUGCACAUUUGAAGAAAAAUCUUGAACAUUUAAAGAAUGUACAGACUCUUGUAGAUUCUUCUGUAAAAGAAGUGGAUGAUGUAAUAACAAUGAUGCAUGACACUUCCAAACUUAUAACAUAUAUAGCAGUUUUGAAAAAAGAAUUAAAUGAAGUUUGUGACAAAAGCAAACAAAUUAGAGAUAACUAUAAGAGUUUACAGCAGGAAUUCAAACAGAUCUCGACACAAAAUAAAUUUUUAUCAGAGGAACAUACUAAACGAAAAGAAUUGGAAGAACAAUUAAUAAUCUGUGAGAGUGAAAAGAUAUCUUUACAAAAUCAACUUUUCAAUAUGCAGGCAGAUGCACAUGAAUGUAUCUGCAAUAAAACGAAAAAGAAAAAGCAAGAAAGUUUGGAAACGUAUGUGGAGUGUGAUGUAGACAAAUCUAAUGAAGCAAUAAAUAAGAGUGUAGUAAAACUUGACGAUAGCUCAAAAUUCAAUAAGAGUGAUAGUUGUAUUAUUAUAGAUUCAGAUGACACUAAAAAUAUUCCACAGAAUAUAAAAUCGCAAGGUUUUUUUUCAAUGAAGAAUUAUGGUAUCAAGAGACAACAAUCUAGUUUAAAAGUACCUUCAAUACUUACGAAAAAAUCGAGAUUUAAUGAACCUAGUAAAAAAAUUGCUAGUAGAAGUGACAUGUGUUUUGAUGGUUUUGGAGGACAUGCUAAGUAUGAUAAAUUUCCUAAUCCAAUUUCUAAUUCACAUGUAAAAAAAAUACUGAGAGAUUGCAAAAGCAAAGAAAUUUAAUACCGGUGAUAAUUAGAAAAUUAAUGAUUUAGUGAUGUAAAUGAUAUAGUACUAUGUCUACAUGUGUAUAUACAAUAGGAAUUAUAUUGAAACAUGUAAAACACAAAAAACUCAAGGAAUUUUAAUCAUAAACUAAAAAUGUGUAUUUAUCUUUUAAAAGAAAAAUUCCAAUCAGAUAAUCGUAUUUUGAAUUAAAUACUUUACCGAAAAUUUAAGUGCUUGUAUUUUUGUAUAAAAUUUAACUUGUGACAAA